AUGAUUAAGGAUUGUCCAAAGAAGGCGGCGCUCUCCGCUGUGGAAGCAAAAGCGGAGUCCGAUGAGGAGGAUAACAAUCUUGGUUCAAUACUAGGGGGUGUUGAAGACAAGAUGUGUCAUGGGCUGAUGUUUGCGAAAAUCAUGGUAGCUGGCAAAAAGUUGAAUGCACUUGUCGACACAGGUGCGUCUGAUUUAUUCAUGUCCGAAGGGGCUGCGCAUAAACUUGGCCUCAAGAUUGAAAAUGAGCCGGGUCGAAUUAAGACGGUAAAUUCGGAAAGUGUUCCAAUCAAGGGGGUUGCAAAGGGAGUAAAACUUCAAUUCGGCGAUUGGACUGGUACGGCACCCAUCAAGGUAAUACCACUUGAUGACUAUGAUUUUGUAGUUGGAUUGAGUUUUCUUGAUCAAGUUAAUGCGAUGAUCUUUCCUUCUGGUAAUUUCAUGGUGAUUUCGGAUUCGAACCAUCAAUGUAUGGUGAGAUUGACAAGAAAGGGGAGCCUGGAAGAGAAAACAUUGUCCGCAAUCCAAUUUGCUAAGGGAGUACGUAGAGAUGAAGUCUCCUACUUAGCCACCUUGAAGAUUGAGGAAACCGGCAAGACCGUGGGUGAGAUCCCUAAGGAAGUGGGCCAAGUAUUACAAUCCUUUCGAGACGUGAUGCCUACAAAGUUGCCAAAGAAUUUGCCACCCAAGAGGGAGGUGGAUCAUAAGAUCGAAUUGGUGUCCAAUAUGGUGCCGCCAGCUAGGGCCCCAUACCGUAUGUCCCCACCGGAAUUGGAGGAAUUACGUAAAUGUUAA